CACAAUCGUUCACUUACGCAUGGCAAAUGUUUACAUUUCUUUAUUUUGAUUUUAGGUAGUGCUUCUUUACAAAUUGUUUCAAUUUUUAUAAUUAUACAAAAAUGUCGAAAACCGAACGGCCAGACAUCGAUGAUGAGAUGUAUCGAACUACAAUUUUUCAACAAGCAGCGGCUUCCUGCACGGGGGCUCUCAUAACCUCUAUAUUGGUGACACCUCUGGACGUAGUUAAAAUAAGACUUCAAACUCAACAAAGAGUAAUUACUAAUAAUUGUUUUUUAUACUGUAAUGGCUUAAUGGACCAUUUAUGCACUUGUUAUCCAAACGGUGCUCAAAAACAAUGGUAUAACCGACCCGGGCAUUUUAAUGGAACUAUUGACGCUUUUGUAAAAAUAACUCGAUACGAAGGUAUUGCAUCGUUGUGGAGCGGUUUAAGCCCGACAUUGAUACUAGCACUUCCCGCUACGAUAGCGUACUUCGUCACAUAUGAACAAUUGCGUUUAGGCUUAAAAGAUUAUUGUAAUAGGGAUCGACAAGAUGGGGAACCAUUUAAGCAGCCUGCAUGGAUUCCCCUGAUAGCUGGUGCUACUGCGCGGUUGUUUUCUGUCGUUUCUGUUAGCCCUCUUGAACUUAUCCGAACAAAAAUGCAAUCCACAAAACUUAGCUAUUUGGAAAUUGGUGAAGCACUGAAAUUAGUUUUGAAGACUGAUGGUAUUAAAGGACUGUGGAGGGGUGUGUUUCCAACCUUACUACGUGAUGUUCCAUUUUCGGCUAUAUAUUGGUCACAGUAUGAAGCACUGAAAAGGUGGUAUGGUCCUGGAGUGCCAUCUUUUUGGUUUAGUUUUAUGGCUGGUGCAUUUUCUGGAGGUGUGGCAUCAAUCAUUACUCUUCCAUUUGAUGUUAUCAAAACGCAUCAACAAACUGAAUUGGGUGAUCAAUCAAAUGGGACACGAAAAUCAGGUUCUACUAUGAAGAUGAUGUUACAAUUACACAAACAGCAUGGACCCAAAGCACUAUUUGCAGGACUGGUACCUCGUCUGAUCAAGGUUGCACCUGCCUGCGCAAUCAUGAUUUCUACUUUUGAAUAUGGUAAAAUAACAUUCAACAGGUUAGGAAGCUACACUUUUGGUACAAAAGAAAAUAGCGGCAGAGAAAGUUCUGAAACAGUAAACAAUGUCAACAAGUCUGUCACUGGCAAGAACUUCACUGUUCAGAAUAUUGUUUCAAAAACAAAAUCUGAAGUUUUAUAAAUAGGUCUAGUCAAAUUUGGAUUACAUUCUUUGUUUGCAAAACACUAGUUAACCUGAAAAAAAAAUGGUUACUUAGUUCAUUAUAAAAAUGGAUGCACCAACUUGUGUUUAGAAUUGUUAACACAUUCCUUUUGUGUUCUACUUUUACAGGUUGGUAGGUGCAGAAUGAACCAAAUUUCAACAUUCCAAAACAAAUUUUGCAAUAAUUGUUUUGUGUGAUACUUAAAUAGAGAAUUGACCAAAGUUAUGUUAAUAGAGUUUCCAUAUCUAUUGAAGAAAGUGAUUCUCCUAUCUCUGUCCCAACAUCCCAACCUGUCCUGCCAAUGAAAAUUUCUACAUCUAAAAAGUGAUGCAUCUCUUGUUGUGGAAAUCGGCGUGUAUACUAGUUAGAUUUUUUAAAAUUGUGUACAAUCUAAAAGCAAUCACAUUGUGAUUCAGUUUUGUAAGUUCAUACUUGUAAAUAUAUCUAUGUGCAACAAAAUUAAUAAAGUCGCUUUAUUGAUCUAG